AUGACUACCAUUAUUGGUGUAGUUGCAAAAUUACGAGGAUGCAUCAACCAAAUUGAAAAUAAAAAUCCAAGUGGUGCUUCACAAGAAGAUAUUGAAAUCAUUACUAAUUCAACUGAAAUACCUAUUGGUAUGAAAAAAGCAAAGACAAAACAAUUAGGUGAUGAUCAAUUUAACAAACUAAUGGAACAAAGUAAAAAACUUGUUAAAGUUAAUGAAAAGAGUAACACAGAUAGAAAUGAACGUCAUAAAAGAAAGACCGAAGAUAAAAUUUUAUUCAUGGAUUUGGAUUUUAUAUCCGAUCCAGAGUUUCGCCAGUACAUUCAAAGCGAAAAAAGAAGAAUUUACAGAGAAAAAACACGAACAUCCGAAGUUGGAGAACAAGGAGAAGGAUCUCAGUAUCAGAGAUCACAAUAUCGAGCAUCUCGAUAUCAAGGACAAAGUGCUCAAGAUGAAGGGCAACGAUCUCAAGAUCAAGGUGAAAGAUCUGAAAAUGACUCACAAGAUUAUAGUCUAUAUUUUGACUAUCUUGACGGAACAGGGAAUAAUUUUCCACAUUAUUGA